AUGGCGGACGAUGGCAUGCUUAUGAACUUUGACGUGGGGGACGGGAUUAUCAGCUCGCAACAGAAAUUUAGAGGCGGGAAGUGGAAGGACCGUCUCGUCGCCAAAAAAAUCGCUGACCAUCGACAUAAAAAAUCGCAACAGCCAAAUACUGCAGGGGAUAAUAGCCAGGCCGCAAGAAGAGAAGACAGAGACCAUGGAGGCGCGCCCAACCGUCCACCCAAGCGACAGAGACUCAAUAAUGGGGAUUUUCAACCAAGCAGUGCUACGAUAACCGGGACUCCGAAUAAUGCUAGCAGCAGAUAUGCUAAUGGCCCACAAAGAGAAGUCAUCUCGUCGCUUUUCUCGUACAAUCCCGUUGCUACGACCGCCUCUCCAACGGAUGCGACUGCGGCGCAAGAUGAUUCAGAAGCUCCAAAGGCGUCUAACGCCCCUCUUGUUGACGGAAUUGAUACCUUCACCUCCCUCGGCCUGUCGCCAGAACUAGCGGCGCAUUUACUGACGAAAUUAAACUUGAAAAACCCUACCGCUAUUCAAAAGAGUUCGAUCACACAGCUAUUGAAGGAAAAUUGCGAUGGGUUUAUACAGGCGGAGACUGGCUCUGGAAAGACAUUGGCAUACCUUCUGCCCUUGGUUCAGCGGUUAAUGGACUUGUCUGGCCCGAAAAGCGCAGAAGGAGGUCAAGGGUCAUCUACUCCAAUCCAUAGGGACUCUGGUUUAUUUGCGAUUAUCCUUGCGCCAACACGAGAACUUUGCAAACAGAUAUCGGUGGUGCUUGAUGGAUUGUUGAAUUGUGCCCACUGGCUCGUGGCCGGUACCGUUAUUGGUGGAGAGAAGAAAAAAUCAGAAAAGGCCAGGCUAAGAAAGGGGCUGAACAUCCUCGUUGCGACUCCCGGACGACUUGCAGAUCAUCUAGAUAAUACCCAAGUCCUUGACGUGGGCCUUGUUAGGUGGCUUGUGCUAGACGAAGGUGAUAGACUGAUGGAAUUGGGCUUCGAAGAAGAGAUUCAAGGAAUAAUUAAAAAGCUGGACUCAAAAAGGCGGCCUACGUCAAAGAUUGCAAACCUUCCUUCGAGGAGACUGACAAUAUUAUGUUCUGCUACGUUGAAGAUGAAUGUUCAACGUUUGGGGGAGAUGAGUUUGAAGGACGCUGUACACAUACAGGCUGACCCGGCCGACGAAGCGGAAGAAAACGCCUCUGAAACCGGCGGUGCACAGAAGGACUCGGAAUUCUCAGCACCAGCUCAACUUAAGCAGUCGUUCGCGAUAGUUGCAUCGAAACUUCGGCUUGUCGCCUUAACAGCACUCCUUAAAAGUACCUUUGCACGCAAGGGGACGGUUAUGAAGGCUAUUGUAUUUGUUUCUUGUGCGGAUUCUGUGGACUACCAUUUCGAGGUAUUUAGCAGGAAGCCAAACAAACCUGCUAUAGACGAAGGUGGUGACAAGGAGAAGAAAGAGAAGAGAGAGAAGAAGGAGAAGAAGGAGAAAAGAGAGAGAAAAGGAAAAGAGGAUAAAGAAGAAAACGAUGAGAAAGAGGAGGAAGGUUCGGAUUCCGAAGAGGCACCCGCUCCUAAUGCAUCUUUACAAGGCACUGUGGCUCAAUGCCCAACGCUAUCAAAUCCGACAAACUCGGUAGUUCUACAUAAGCUCCAUGGCUCACUUCCCCAGCACGUUCGAACCGCUACGCUUGCCGCAUUCGCUAAACAAAAGGAUACCUCCGUAUUAAUCUGCACAGAUGUCGCAUCCCGUGGUCUCGAUCUACCAAACGUCGACUUUGUCAUCGAGUAUGAUCCAGCAUUUUCCGCUGAUGAUCACCUUCAUCGUAUCGGACGUACAGCUCGAUUAGGGCGUGAUGGUCGCGCUUUAAUCUUUCUUCUCCCCGGGAGUGAAGAAGGUUAUAUCAAAGUUUUAAAACGUGGGUAUCGUGAUGAUAAUGACAAGGCUGUGACUCGCAGUGAUGCGAACGACAUCCUGAAGCGAGGGUUUGGCAGGAACAACAACGCCGCAGGCAAGGGAUGGGAAGAGGCUGCCACUGAAUUCCAGCUAGAUAUAGAGCGUUGGACCCUGGAUAAUCCCACCAUCCUUGAAAUGGCUCGACGGGCGUUCCAGUCUCAUAUUCGUGCGUACGCGACUCAUAUUGCUAGCGAGAGGGAAUUUUUCAACAUAAAGGAUCUUCAUCUAGGUCAUUUGGCGAAAGGGUUCGGAUUACGAGAUAGACCAACAAAGAUCAACGUUCCUGGUCUUCGAACUGGCAAGGAGGAAACGACGAAGGCAUUCAAGGCCAAUAGGGCGAUCGGCGCUGGUGAUAAGAAGAAUGAUUCCGGCCCUAGCAAUGACAGCGCGGCUCAAAGGAUGCGGAAGAAGAUGAGAGAGCACAUGACGGCAGCGAACGAGUUCAAUAUUGCCUAA